AUGAAAGCCCGUGCUCCGUGCUCACGCUUUGAAAGGACGAAAAAUAAACUUUUCUACGCUCGUAGCCCCAGCGCUACACGCUACGAAGCAUUGUUUACGUCCGCGAUCAAAACAAAUGUAGAGCAGACGGUGAGUGCCGCGGUCAGGCCGUCCCGCGCAAACCGUUGUCACGCAUUUAGAUGUUCACGCGUGACCGGGUCGAAAUGCCGUCACGCCGUGCAACAACUGCCGGCGAACGGUGUCAUUAAAAAAUUGAUCAUCGGCCACCGGCCCGGGCACAUGGCGCGCCCCUCCCCCGCGCCCCCGACGCGUCACGCCCUUACGACGCGCUCCGUCAACAGAUUC